AUGAAGCCCUUCACUGCACACUCAUGGCUUCAAUUCUGGUUCUACGGCUUAUACCCCGCCUUGAUGCUUACACUCUCCGCACUGGGUAUCUUCGGUACCCUAGCACUAUGGCCCUUCCGACCCAAACGUCCAGCGCCUCAAUCAUGUGAGACAAUCAGGAGCCAGGAAUUGACUUUGGGGCUUUUUGUUUUAGUAUAA